AUGGUGUUUUUGUUGGGCGAGGGCGAUUAUCUUCAGAGUUCAGGCCACGCCGCUAAUUUUCUCCUUAACAAGUCCUUAUUUUUCUGCCUCUUGGCAAUUACUUCAUUCCCAGCCUCGCUCUUGCCAGACCCGCCCUCGCCAGACCCGCCCCGCCCUCGCCAGACCCGCCCCGCCCUCGCCAGACCCGCCCCGCCCUCGCCAGACCCGCCCCGCCCUCACCAGACCCGCCCCGCCCUCACCAGACCCGCCCCGCCCUCACCAGACCCGCCUCGCCCUCACCGACCCGCCUCGCCCUCGCCAGACCCGCCCCGCCCUCACCAGACCCGCCCCGCCCUCACCAGACCCGCCCCGCCCUCACCAGACCCGCCCCGCCCUCGCCAGACCCGACCCGCCCUCGCCAGACCCGUCCCGCCCUCACCAGACCCGCCCCGCCCUCGCCAGACCCGCCCCGCCCUCGCCAGACCUGCCCCGCCCUCACCAGACCUGCCCCGCCCUCACCAGACCCGACCCGCCCUCGCCAGACCCGCCCCGCCCUCGCCAGACCUGCCCCGCCCUCACCAGACCUGCCCCGCCCUCACCAGACCCGACCCGCCCUCGCCAGACCCGCCCCGCCCUCGCCAGACCCGCCCCGCCCUCGCCAGACCCGCCCCGCCCUCGCCAGACCCGCCCCGCCCUCGCCAGCCCCGCCCUCGCAAAGUGUUGCCAUUCACGCAGGUUCAGCCGUCUUGUACCCCCAGAAAUGUUUCGCAGCCGUAG